AUGUCUGAACCAAUCACUACCAAGCCAACGCCCUUCAGCCAGUUCUGCCUCUUCAAGAGUCUGUCGCUGUCGCUGUUCGAGGACGACUGGGUCAAUAUGGUCGAGUCCUGGCAGGCCAUGGUCGCGGUGAACGCACCCAUCCCCGAGUUUGCAUACAACAUGGCUCCCUUCUUUGCCAAUGCCCCUCGUCUCCUGCCCAUCUUUUACCGCUACCUGGGCUUUGCUGAGCAGGACAACGAGUUCCUCACCACAUUGACGUCCGUCGUCAUGUCGACCCCGCUCCUCAUCAAGGUCCAGCAGAUCCUCAACUCAACCGAGCUCUUCUCAAACUACAUCGUCGCCCUCAAACUCGACAACCCCUCGGCAUCCCACACCCAGGUCAUGCAGUCCCUCCAAACAUUCCUUUCCCAUCUCCCCGAAAACAUCCGUCUCCAAAUCCUUAAAGUCUUUGCCGAGCAAGAAGCCUCUGACUCCAUGGGUUUCACGACAUCGACAUUGGACAAGGCACUGCAGGUCAUUCACGCAGACACCCAGCUCUAUAUCGACAUCCUCUCGACCCUCCAACUCAACCAGACAGAGAACAUGCCCUGGGACGCUGUCGUCAACAAGAUCAAGACCCUCGUCCUCGCCAAUAAGCCCCAGGCCUGGCAAGGUGUCGACCAGUUCCUCAAGAGCCUUCACUGGGGACACCAGGAGGAGACCUCUCCCACCUCCUCUGGACACCAAUUGGAUGUCGAGAACGACGACGACGAGAUUGUCGAGAUGGUCGAGGGUGUCGACUACUACCCCGAUGAGGAGGACGAGGACGAACUCGCGUCCUUCCCCGAUGGUGAGGAGUUUGAUCACCACUACGCCGCCUUCUUGCAAGGCGUCCAGGAGAUCCAGGCUGGCCACCAGGUCAUGGGCGACUUUGGCAAGAUGUCCGUCACUGACAACCGUUUCGUCGUCGAGACAUGCUAA